AUGUCGUCCACCGUGACCCAGGCCGCCGUCCCCGCGACGUCCCUCAAGACCGGCCUCGAGGUGCGCCUGGCCGCCCGCAACAAGACCCUCCAAGCACACACCUCCGGCCUGGCGCCGUCCUACAUCCAGGCAAACCUCAUCGUCCUGCCCAGCCGCUACGCCGACGACUUCCGCCUGCUCUGCGCGCGCAACCCCGUCCCCUGCGCCCUCAUCGCCGAGUCCACGACUCCGGGCGCAUUCGCCUCCCUCAAGUCGCACGUCCGCCACCCGGACGGCGACGGCACCUCGGAGCUCCGGCUCGCCGAGGACAUCGACCUGCGGCACGACUUCCCGCGCUACUGCGUCUACCGCGACGGCAAGCUCGCCGAGCAGACGGCCGACCUCGAGGCCGUCUGGACCGACGACCACGUCGGCUUCCUCGUCGGCUGCUCCUACAGCUUCGAGCAGGCCCUCGCCGCCGCGGGCCUGCCGCCCCGGCAGGUGGUGCAGGGCCGCAACGUGGCCAUGUACAAGACCGCGCUGCCGCUGUGCCCGGCGGGCGUGUUCCGCGACUGCACGUACGUCGUGUCGAUGCGCCCCUACCGGGCCGCCGACGUCGAGCGCGUGCGCGACCUGACGCGGCCCUUCGUCUCCACGCACGGCGAGCCCGUCGCCUGGGGCUGGGACGGCGCGAGGCGGCUCGGCAUCGAGGACAUCACGCGCAACGACUGGGGCGACCAGUCCCUGCGCCUGGACGGCGAGGGGCCCUUUGACGAGAGCGAGGAGGGCUACGUCCCCGUGUUCUGGGGCUGCGGCGUCACCCCGCAGAGCGCGGUGGUGGACGCCGGGCUGAGCGGCACGAUCAUGGCGCACGCGCCGGGCUACAUGACGGUGUUGGACGUGCGCGACGAGGACAUGUUUCCCGUGCUGAGGAAGUAG